AUAAAGGCAAACAUUUCUUGAAAGUGGAAAAACGUGCCAAACAAUUCAAGAUGUUCAAACUUGCUCUGUUCCAGUUGGUUCUUGCCACGGUUGUGCUCAUUGUUGCUGCGAGACCUCAGGGCGAAGCUAAAAAGCUUAAUGCUUUUUCUAAAACCCAGCUCAACAAGGAGGCAAAAGGAACUGGACCCAAACAGCCUCUAGCUCUAAAUAAAGAGUUAAAUGACAGCUUGCUCAACCAUCCAGACAAGGAUUCCUCAUCUGAGCUUAACUUGGGUUUAAACGCUCUAAAUGAAGACUUAAAUGACAGCUUGCUCAACCAUCCAAACAAGGAUUCCUCAUCUGAGCUUAACUUGGGUUUAAACGCUCUAAAUGAAGACUUAAAUGACAGCUUGCUCAACAAUCCAGACAAGGAUUCUUCACAUGAGCAUAACUUGGGUUUAAACAAUCUUAUCCAAAAUGGCAAAGAAACCAGAAAAUCUCUUUUAAAUAAAUUGAAUGCAGUAUGGAAGCCGAAGUCAUUGCUGAAUUCUUUGGGACUGAACUCUUACUUGAACGCCCAAAGGAAUCUUGUAAACGUUGAAUCUGAAGAAGGGCACCAAGGCAAACAAAGGCUUAACUCCCUGCUAUCCAAACUAGACGCCAGCUCCGCAAAACCUUUCGUUGGUAUUUCUUCAGUAUUUUCCACUGUGCAUAUAUCGAGCCUCAAUGAAGAACGCAAACCGCAAGCAGAAGAUUUGCUUCUUGCCCUCAACGAGGCUAAAGCUCUAGAAGAAAUUCCCGCAUAGAGAGGAGAUUCAAUGGAUUAUUCAUUUUAUAUGUAGCAACUUUUUAAUAUAGUGCUUGUUCUUUAAA